AUGAAACGUAGAAGAGUUUUGCUGGCGGCAGCAUUUCUGGCCGCAUGUGCGGUGCUCGUGCAUAGCAAGCCUCAAGAUUUACUUGGGGGUUUGAGACACAUUGAUGUGACAAAUAAAGAUAUAACCAAACAAGAAGUGGAUGAUACGAGUAAUGGUAAUAUCAUACACACAAUAAUGCAAACGAUUAUCAAAGCUAAUGUGUUAAAUAAUUCUGACAAAACUGUGAUUGGAGGUGGUGGAAAAGGUCCGGGUAUUAACAAUGAUAAGAUAACAAAGCAAGAGAUUACAAAAAAAGAGACUAUCGAGGGGAUUAGUGAUCUAAUUGAUGCUAAUUUGCAAACUAUAGGCGAUGUAAAUGCACUGAAUAAAGAUAAAGAAACAUCAAUUGGGCGCGGGAAUGGCAUACGAAACAAUGAAUUUACUGGGCAAUCAAUUAAAACUGAUGAGACUAAAAAAGGAGGCUCAAUAGAUAUUCUUGAUUUAAAUAAUCAAGCAAUGGUCUUAGUCGAUAUAUUAAAUAAUAACGACCAAACAAAUAUAAACAAAGGAGGAAAACCCGGUAUAGCAAAUGGCAUUAUAAAUAAUUCUGUAGCAAAACAAAAUCAGGAGCGCACCCAAACUUUCGAAAAAGGUACUCACCUUCAGGGUGUUGACUUUGGUGGUCAACUUUUGAUAGACACAGAUGUUGCUAACACUGAUAAUCAGAAGGAUUCAGGACCUGGCGGUAUUAAAAACAAAGAAGUAGCAAGUCAAAAAAUAAAAAAGACUAAAACAUUAAAAGAAGGAGCCCAUGUAAUAACUCCAGCUGAAAUUGGACCACAAAUUAUGUUAAAAGCGAAUGUAGUAAAUGAAGCAAAACAAAUUAUAGACUUUAUAAAUCCAGAUCCUUCUAAACCUCCAAAACCAGGGCAUGAAGACGACGAUUGUGUUGAAAAUGUUGAAAUAACUAAGCAAGAACAAGAAAAAGAACUUAUAAUGGAGGGUAAUGCUAAACAACUUACUGGUGUUAAACUUGAUCAACAAGCAAUUAUUGAUCUAAACAUAGCUAGUAAAGUCAUACAAAAAAUUAAGUGUAAGUCACGAAAAACUACAACAAAAAAGCCAACUACAUCAACAAGAAAACCAACACAUAAGCCAACCACGUCAACUAGAAAACCGACACGUAAGCCAACUACGACUACGCGAAAGCCAACAACGACUACACGAAAGCCAACAACAACUACGCGAAAGCCAACUCGUAAGCCAACAACGACUACGCGAAAGCCAACAACGACUACACGAAAGCCAACAACAACUACGCGAAAGCCAACUCGUAAGCCAACAACGACUACGCGAAAGCCAACUCGUAAGCCAACAACGAGUACUCCAAAGCCAACUCGUAAGCCAACUCGAAAACCAACACGAAGACCAACAAGAAGACCAACACGGAGACCUACACGGAAACCAACACGAAAACCAACUACAACAACACAAAGGCCGACAACUUCAACUCCAACACCAACGACGUCAACAUCAACUUCAACAUCAACAUCAACUUCAACUUCAACUUCAACAUCAACUACUUCUACUCCAACACCAACCACACCUUCUACAUCAACUUCAACUCCAACACCAACUACACCAACAACUUCAACUCCAACACCAACUACACCAACAACUUCAACUCCAACUCCAACACCAACCACAUCAACUUCAACUUCAACUUCAACUCCAACACCAACGCCAACUACACCAACUACAUCAACCUCAACUCCAACUCCUACUACACCAACAACUUCCACUCCAACACCGACGACCUCUACUCCAACGCCGACAACAUCAACGUCGACAUCAACACCAACACCUACACCAACAACUUCAACUACUCAACAACUGCCUAAAAGUACAACACCACGACGACGUUGCUAUCGUCGUUAUUGUCGUAAGUGGCGUAAUAGACCCAUAUACAGAUGCUGUACAAACUGUGAUGGACUUUCAGCAUAUCCUCGCCCUAAAUAUAGCUAUCAUUCCUACGCAUCAAAGAAGUACCCAUAA